AAAAAAAAAAUACAAAUCUGAGUUCUGUCUGUAAGGAGCCCUAGAUCUAACCCUAGCCGUCAGAUUAGAUCAAUGGGGAGAUCUCUUCUGGACCGUUGGAAUCUUAGGAAGCAGCAAUGGUGGAGGUAGAAGAGUCUCAUUUUGUGGGGUAUCCAAAAGAAGGCGUGAAGAUUAUUGUUUCAUGUUGAUGGCAAACAAUUCGAAUUUUCUUCUAUAGCUUUAUAUAUUUUAACGCGGUGGUGGUGAUGUGUGAUUUGGUCGCGCGUACGGGUCGGCUCCAGCAACGGUACAAGGAUGGCUCGCGUCUUGUAGCUGGGUGUAUUCCGUUUAGAUAUCUAGAAGAAGAUGGUAAUUCUGAAUCUGGGAAAGUGGUUCAAGUGUUGAUGAUCAGCUCAUCUAGUGGACCGGGGCUAUUGUUUCCAAAGGGAGGAUGGGAGAAUGAUGAGACAGUCAAAGAAGCUGCAGUAAGGGAAGCAGUGGAAGAAGCAGGAGUCCGUGGAAUUUUAAUGGAUUUCUUGGGUGACUAUGAGUUCAAGAGCAAAACACACCAAGAUGAGUUUAGCCCAGAAGGUUUAUGUAAAGCUGCAAUGUACGCCUUGUAUGUGAAGGAAGAGCUAGAGACGUGGCCAGAACAAAAGACUAGAACAAGAACAUGGUUGACGGUUCGAGAAGCUGUAGAGAAUUGCAGACACGCUUGGAUGAAGGAGGCCUUGGUUGAAGGAUUCUGUAAAUGGCAUAAGGAGAAAAUGGGCAAGAUAACAGAUGAAGAUUGAUAUUAAACUGUGCAUAAUAACUCUGCAGUUGGUUUCAUUCCUUCUGAUUUUUGUUUUUACUCUUUUUUUCAUGGAGAAGCUUGCAACUGCGAAUCAUGGUAGUUUCAAAAGUUUUUUAAAAAAAUAUCAAUUGUUUUCCUGUUAAACAGUUGUCUUCAUCAUAUUUCAAUAAUUCUGAAAAGAAAGACAGCUCAUAACA